CAGGCGCUCGCCACGAACCCGAGAUGCUCCCGGGCCGCGUUCCCAGUGCCAGCCCAGUUUCCCCAAGCCGAUGAUCAACGAAACCGAGAACGGAAACGCGAAACGGCCCCUCGUAAACCGCCCGUCUGUGCCCGUGCGUCCAGGAUGUAGCCCAGCCCGAGAGCCCAUGAGACGACCCUAGGGGUUCGGGGGACAAGGGGAACGGGGGGAUCGGGGGGUGCGGGGACAGGGAGGACGAGGACGCGGACGGGGACGCGGGGGGCCGGGGGUGGGGGCGGGGUCGGGGGGAUGGGGGAGCGGGAGGCCCGGUCGGUGGCCCUGGAGAAGGCCUACGUGCACGAGGUGUACCAGCAGAUGACCAAGGCGGAGCACCCGCACCACGAGACAAACAGCCCCUGGCCCAGGAUCAAACAGCUCAUCGAGCAGCUCGAACCCGGCUCCCUCGUCUGCGACGUCGGUUGCGGAAAUGGAAAGUAUUUGAGUAUGAAUUCCUCAGUUUUCAAGAUUGGAGGGGAAAGAUGUAGUAGGUUAGCUCACGUCGCAAGACAUAAAGAAAAUGAGAUAAUAAUCUGUGAUAAUUUAGCAUUGCCGUUUCGGGACGAGAGUUUCGACGCAGUGCUAUCUAUAGCUGUAGUUCACCACUUAGCCACCACCGAGAGGCGAGUCUGCGCCCUCAAGGAGUUGACCAGAGUGCUCAGGAUAGGUGGCAAGCUCAUCAUAACUGUCUGGGCCAUGGAACAGCGCCAUCGGAAGUUUGAAUCACAAGAUGUACUCGUGCCUUGGCAUCGGCCGCAAGUUCUGAGCACGCCUUCAUUCGACUCGUGGCAGACCACCACCUCAGAGGACGACUGCCCUCCACCAUACGCUUACAUCCAGGCUUCCGACAGCGAUUCCACCUGGUUACAAAGGGCGCACUGUAGAGCGAAGAAGGAUAAAGGUCGGCAGAAGGGCCGCUCGGAGGUCAUGCGGAGCUCACCGAGUAGCUCCAGUCUCUCCAGCCCUAACGAGACCUGUUACAGCUUCGUCCGCAAAGCGCUACAGAAACUGGCGGGCGGGAAGCGGGGCUCGCGGAGCCGGGGUUGGUUCCUGGAGCCGUGGACGUCGACGCAGAGCGAGGAGAUCCCGAUGAAGCGCUACGACCCGGAGGGCUGCGAGGACACGGAGGACAUCCAAGACCUCCCGAUCGAGCUGCGCCGCUUGGACGAGGACGUGGAGACGGCGCUGGAGAAGCGGCAGAACUUCGCGGCGACGCGGCAGGCCUCCGAGCACCUCAACUUCAAGUCCAAGUCCCUCUCGGACAUCGGGACGCAGCCGCGGGAGGAGGCCCCGGAGCCGCUGACGCGCUCCCGUUCGAGCGUGCCGAGCCUGAGCCUGGAGCUCCGCCCGGAGAUCUCGGUGGAGGCGCCCCAAGUGGACCCGGCCGAGGAGCGCGCCCCCGCCAAGCCGCGCCUCGUCAAGCAGAAGAAGUCCAUCUGCGACGAGGACUUCGAGGAGGAGGACCGCGACAAACCCACCGACAUGCGCGACCUCGUCAAAGCCAUGCCCGAGUUCAAGGUCGCUAGCCAGGCCCGCCUCCGCGAAACCCUCUUCAACAAGCAGGUCUCGAUGAACGAAGAGCUCAUGUCGACGGAGCGGAUGCGGGAGAAGGAGAAGGUCCGGCAGAACAUCCAGAAGCAGGCGUCGCUUAACGAGGACCUCAUCUUCCGGCGGCGCGCCCCCCGGACCAUCGACUCCUUGCGCAACUCCUUCUUCUCGACCUCCACGUCGACCGCCAAGCGGUUCCAGCUCCUCAAGAGCGGCCUCACCUCCAAGCUCAAGUCCUCGACGACCAACAUCGAGAAAGCCGUCACGAGCUCCACCUUCAAGAACGGCUUCGUGCGCAUGCUCCAGGGCUGGAAGUCGGACGCGCCAAUCCCCCAGCCGGCCCCUCCGCCGCCUCACCCCAUGCCGCCGCCGGUGGAGGCCGUCAUCUCCGAGGACCGCACCUCCGUCGAGCGGCGCCACUCCAAGGAGGACGGCUCCGACUCCUCCAAAGACUCCAGCCUCCAGAGCGACACCUCCGUCGACUCCGAGGACAGCUUCGCCUCCGUCAUCUACAUCCCGAAACCCGAAGAGGUGCUCCACAUGGAGCAGUCGGUUACAUCCCCCACGCUCUUGGCCUCGAACCCCGUCUCCCCGCAAGCGACCUCCCCUAAGCUCAAGUUCCCCCCGCAGCCUAUCUCCCCGAAACUGGGCGUCUCCCGCUCGCCUAAGUCGCCCAAGUCCCCUCAGUCCUCGUUCGGGCUCUACUCGCACCCCUCCUCCCCCAAGAUCAAGCAGAUCCCCGCCCUCCAGAGCACCUCUACGCCGGCCUCCCCCAUGCUCAAACAUUUCCCGCAGCCGCUCUCGCCGCGGCCCUUCUACGCCAUCUUCCCAUCUUCGAAGCAGUCGCCUCUGGUGAAACCCUGCGACUCGCCUGUGCAGAAGAUCUUCCAGCAGAUUCACCCCAUGCUCAAGUCACCCAAGAGCCCGGUGAGCCCUCCGGUCAUGUCCUCGCUCGCCGACGUCGAGGAGGCCGCCUUGGAGCCUAUGCGCUUGUCGCCCACGCCUGCAUCCCGGCGGAACAUGCAGUCGCCCAAGGAGGACAUCGACAAAGAGCCUCCAGUCACGCCUAAAGAGGAGACACCAGUGGAUUCGGAGCUAGUGCUGUCGCCGUCGCCUUCGGUUUCGAUAACGAAGGACACCGUUGAAACAGAUCCUCAGAGGAAGGAUGAGAAGGAUGAGACGAAAACCAGCAGCGUGCGACCAGUUUCGAUGAGCGAGCUGACGGUGCGGACGGCGUUCCCGCUGGUGCGGCGGUCGACGGAGGAGGGUGGCGACGGGGACGUGGCCGGCGCGCUGGCGCUGGUGACCCGGCAGCCGAACCUCCUCUCGCUGGAGCUCUUCAACCCCGAGACCGACGACGUGGACAGCGACUCCAGCGGUCUCUCCUCCUCCGGCUCCAUCGGCAGCGUCAUCAGCGUCCUCAACGAGGAGCUUCCGCCCGACCUCCCGCCUCAAGAUGCCAUGGCAGGUAGACUAACGGAUAUUACAACCGACUCGUCGAAGUCAAAAAGCUCAAAUUCAAGUCUUCCCACCAGCUCAGAGCUGGAUCUAGAAUUCCAAUCGGACGCCACAAGUCCGCCUUCCGGUCUCAUUGAAGCCGCGGCGGGAGUAGCCAGCUGCUUAGAAGAAACGGUCGAUACGGUAUUGAAAUCCAGUCCGAGGUCAAAACGGAAACAGCUCCACAAUGCGAGCACGGAUAUUUCGUUAGCCUUGGGGUCAGUUUACACCAGACAAGAUUUGGAGAAAACCGUAGGCCCGUCAGAAGAGGAUCUAGAUAUCACUGACGACGACAAAGUGAGCAAAGAUCACCAAGGAGCGAGGAAUGAAGAGAAGGGAACGCGGUCGCAGAGUGGUGUUUGUCAGCGAUCUCACAGUGAAAGAUUAGGAACGUGGGGUAAUGAACCGUCCGACUGGAACGAAGGGAAAGGGACCAGGCAACAAGGAACGACCCGGGACAGCGAGAGACCGGUGAACAUCAAAGCGAAAAUGGAAGGUGUUGUCAUUACGAAUAGGAGUACAAACCUGCCGGACGCGGAGGCUGAAUGGGGGCAAGGCAGGCAGCAAAUGGUGGAGUUUGCAGAGAAGUUGAGCGAGAAACUGCGGGCUGAGAUCGACAAGAAUCAGGAACGGGAGAUCAUCGAUGUGGAAUCGAUUCCGGCAAGCAUGGAGGAUCCGUACAUUCAGCGACUGAACAAGGAGUUGGAGAAUCUGAACGAGCUCAGUCAAGAGAUCCACAGCACUCUUUGGCGAAGGGGUUUGGACGAGGAGCCGGAGAAGAGAUCCGAGGGGAAACUACCGCUCGAUGUGCCGUCGGAUGAAACAGCAGACGUUGACAAAACACAGGAACAACAUACGAUGGUCAAAACCAUGAUGGUGGACUCGGAGGAAAGCAAAAUUUCAAAGACUGAACCUUCGCAUAAGAGUUCGGUCACGACUGUGAUCGAGGGCGGGACCAAGUCGGGCGACGCCAGCGCUGACAGCUCCGGCGAGAGCUCGGAAGCGGAAGCCGGAAGUUGGGCCGACUCGAGAAGGAACACGAUCACGUCUCGAACCGACAGUAAAUUACGAACCGCCGAGGCGAAGACUUCCAUGGAGUCGCAAGACGUUAAACCGGAGUCGGUAAUAAACGCGGCAGAAAAACCGAAAGUACCCAGGAUACCCGAGAUGAAGCGGAUCGAGUUGCUAUCGGGGAGCGAGGUGUCCCCUCGUCGACCGAGCAUAUCGGUGGAAACGACCGAGCCCUGCGGGAGGAUAGUCGCUGGGAAGAGCGAAGAGAUGCUCCCAGAGAUAACAGCCUUGCAAUCGACCCUCUCGGUGGAGUCCAGCGAGGCUGGAGAUAUCUCUGACAGGACGGUGGGGAGCAGUAGCGACGGGAGCCGGUCGGAAUCGAGACGGGGGACUAUAGUCCCGACGGAGACCUCCAGCAUUAUGUCCCUCCGUCCAGGACUAUCACUGGAGUCGAGCGAGGCUGGGGAAAGCGGGAGCGUUAGUGAUAUCUCGCGGGCCGGCGACUCGACGAAGAACACGAUCUCUUUCGAUGAACCUCCGAGCGGGAGUCAGAUAUCACUGCUCCGACCCGGCGCGUCCAUUGAGUCGAGCGAGUACGGUGAUAUCUCCGACCGAACGGCGAGUGGGAGCGAGACCAAGGGCUCCUCCUUCGGCGCCGCCAAGACCGACUCCACCGCCUCGCUGACGUCCGACCGGUGGAGCGACUGCAGCAAGGACAUCAAGUUCGCCGACAGGAAGAUCGCUCGCUGCGACGGCCGGUCGUCGUCCGAGGAGACGGUCCCGCGGCGGGCCUCGCUCAUCCACCAGCGGGCGUCGAUCCCCUGCCCGCAAGCGACGGACAAGGUCGAGGCCGAGAGCACGGACACUUCGAUGAGCGACUCGACGUCGCAGGACUCCAUGAUGUCCGACUGCGCGGGCGGAUCCAUCACUUUCCACCGCUACUACCACGUCUUCAAGGAGGGGGAGUUGGAUCAGCUUAUCGAAAGCUACAUAGACAAUUUGCAUAUUAUCUCGUCGUAUUACGAUCACGCCAACUGGUGCGUCGUCGCCGAGAAAGUUCAGGUUUGGACCAUUUGAGCCGGGCAGAGGAGACCAACUUUCGUCGUGAUAGACUACUAGACAAGGUGCGAAUUUCAGGAUUCUGAUACAUGUUUCUUCGCUAAAAUUUCACGUAAAACACGAUGCGUACAACGAAAAUUACCGAAAUCAACUCCUUCCGAAGAU